AUGGUAAUAUAGUUCCUUAUUCGGCUGAAUAAUGUGAUCUCACAGAUGAUGGAAUGGGAUCAUUGUUAGGAUUGCAGAUUUAUAUUAAUAGCUAAUUGCAAACGUUAAUUACUUUCAAUGUGCUUGGUGUGUGAACUAGGAUAUUAACUCUUAGAAAAUGCAUGCUUCCCUCAUUGUGGAGAUAAAUACGUUCUCAAAUAUUAUGAGGAAUGUGAUGAUGGAAAUUUACAACCUUAUGAUGGUUGUUUUGAAUGUAAAUUUCAAUGUGCUGAAGAUUGCAACAUAUGA